GCAAGUAUUCCGUUAUGAUACAGCUCCGGUUUGACUGAGAACCCUGGGGUCUUCAGAACGUGAACGCUGUAGCCCAUUAGCAGAUCGUCACUCCAGCUUAAAGGCCUACACAUCUUACUCGCAGCCACAGCCGACGCGAGCCCAUUCGUGUUGAGACGGUCGCCUGAUUGCCGCGCCUGAGAGACUGAGACCAGUCAUAUACGUACAUAACCGCUGAAUAUAUCAGCAGCAGUUGACGGGCUCGGACAAGUUUGUGGCUCGUCUUCCAGCAUCGCCAGAAGGGGGGCUACGCUGUACGCGUCGGCAAACUUACACCUCAGUCAAAAACGCCUUCGGAGAGCCGGAAACCAUCUCCGAGGGAGGCAACCUCAGCGCCCCAUGGAGUCUACGUGGCGAGAGAUUCAGCGGGGGCGGAGGUCUGCAUUAUUGCCCUGGCACAAUACCGAACUGGACAAGACUCCGAGCCGACCCCUCCAACGAAGUUGUCGGUAAGCUCGAGGGCUACAUCCCGGACGGAGUCAUGGACAUGGUAGGCAAUGCCACUUGCACACAGGGGCCCUCUACGCCGUCGCAACCCUCGACUAAAGAGGUCAUAACCACCCUUCUGAAGUGGUCACAUAUCCCCGAUAUCAAUCAUCUCACAGCGUCACAUACGCCCUCAUAUGGGUAUAUAUAGGGGACAUUCGUCCCAGUAGAUGGAACAACAAGAUGCUUCAUGAGUCGAAUACAAACAGCACUUUGCAAUAGAAGUCGCAACUAAGGUGCUACGGUCCUCCAUUACUUCCCUCUAACCCGAUUUUAUACCGACUUUGGCAUUUACGCCAUCUGCGUUUGGCUCCAACACUGCUCUGUUCAACCCAAUCGACCAAGAAGCCUCAAGAUGAAGGACAUGUGGAAAACUGUCAAGCAGUACUUUGGAGAUGGCUUCAUACAGGACUCGGCCCCACUGCGCUUCAACGUUCAUUACUGCACCCUGAAGCGACCUAUAGUCAAAACCGACAAGAUUCGGUUGGGCGUGACCAUUGACGAGGAUGCGACACCAAUGUUCUCGGCUCUAGGAGAUACGUGCGCGCCGCCCUGCACAUGCCAAGACGUCCCGGCCUUGGUCAAGCACAUUGACCACUUUUUGGAGACCUUCACAGGUGACCAUCCUGCCGACUACGACAUCGCCACCGAAAAGGGCGACGGAACUUUAGACGAAGUGGCCCUCUACGCGAUGAGGGACUGUGUCUCGUGGUGGGUGCAUACGGGCGGGGCCCUGCAUCCACGCCAUUACUGGAAGCAGAUAUACUUGGGAUUCGCAACAAUAUCCGACGAUGUGCAAAUCCCGCCUAGAGACCUCGUCGACGGUACUUUCCGCUUUCUUGGCCAUACUUGGCCCGAGUGCCUGGCUGGCCUCAGGGCCGAAGGCGUCAAGCCCGACCUCGUCAAGUUCGCGGAGAUGUGCAUCUGGCGGCAGACCAUCUGCCAAUACUUGGAAAAAGUCGACCCAGGACUGCGACCGCUGCUGGUCUCCAAGACGAGCGUCAUGACCCAGUACAGGGUCAUGACGGCAAACACUCUUGGCUGCGUUGCCUUGCUCCUGGCAGUCGAAGAGCCCGUGGCCCAGCCAUUGACGGACCACGCCCUCGAGAUGGCGUCCGUGUCUCAUUGCCUGAGCUUGGACAUUGCCAAAGAAUGCCUGGGGGUGCUGCAGGGCGAGAAGACGGAGAGCGUCGCCGGAGACAGGGCGCAGCUGAAGCGCGAGCUGCGUUGGAUAUACAUGAGGUGCCUAGACUACCUGGAUGCGCAGCCCAAUGAGCACAUCAGGCGGUAUGCGUCGGCAGGCCUGGUCUACGUUCCCAUGAUGGACAGGUAUCGCGAGCGGGUGCGUGGCAAUAUCCGCUUUCCCCUGUCCGAGGCAAUGGGCCGCAUACUGGAACCAUUUGUCAAACCACGAGGGUUCCCGACACACACAGUUUGA